AUGGCACUCUUUUCUUCCCUCACCCCAGUCUUUAUAGCCAUUAUAUGUGUUUUGAUUGGGGUAAUAAUAAAGAAAACUAAUGGAGAGAAGGAAAAACGUGACAUUAAAAGCAAGCUUACAUCUCGUCCGUGGGUGGAUGAAGAUUUAAAAGAUGGUACUGACCAUACCUUAGACGAAGAAGAUGUUGACGAAGAGUGUCAAGGACUUGAAGAAAAUGUUGCCCAUGUCCCCUUUACUGCGGAGCGCUACUCUGAGGCUGAAAUGAUUAAAAGGUCACAGACAUUUUAUGAGCUUCUAAAUAAGAGGCGAUCUGUCAGGUUUCUUAGUGAUGAGCCGGUCCCCAGGGAGGUUAUCGAUAAUGUCAUCAGAACAGCAGGUACUUCACCUAGUGGAGCACACACUGAGCCCUGGACCUUUGUGGUAGUGCAAGAUCCAUAUUUAAAACGUAAGAUUCGUGAAAUUGUAGAAGAAGAAGAGGAAAUCAACUACAAAAAAAGGAUGGGAGACAGAUGGGUUAAUGACCUGAAAAGAUUCAGAACAAACUGGAUCAAAGAGUACUUGGACACUGCUCCAUAUCUGAUCCUCAUUUUCAAGCAGGUAUAUGGGCGGCUUCCAAAUGGCAAGAAGAAGACGCAUUACUAUAAUGAAAUCAGUGUUUCUAUUGCCUGUGGGAUCCUGCUUGCUGCACUGCAGAAUGCAGGUCUGUACACGGUGACCUCCACACCCCUCAACUGUGGCCCCCAGCUCCGGGUGCUGCUCCAGCGCCCAGCAAAUGAGAAGCUACUCUUGUUGCUCCCUGUUGGCUAUCCCAAGAAAGAUGCUACUGUGCCUGCGCUGACCAGAAAGCCACUGGAAGACAUCAUGGUGGUCAUGUGAGCCCAGUGCCAGGAGGAAGGAGUGCAUCCCUGCUGACAGCUAGGAAGCAGCAGCCUGAUGAAGUUGUCAUUGCUGUUUCUUUGCAUCAUCCCCCUAUGUCACUGUUGCUCUCUGGCAGUUUACAUCUGUAUUUCUUUUAGUGCUACUAACAGCAGUGAGCAAUCAAGCGCUGUGCAUUUGACAGGUGCUGUUACUUAUGAAACCAGGCAGUUGUUCCAGGGGACAAUGGCAUUUAAAUGACCUUCAUCACUUGAUUUUUCUCAUGCACUGGGGGGACAAAUCUUUCCUUGAACUGGAAUAUAUAUUCUUCUUAUACUUUUCUGAUUGCCAUUACACAGUUAUUUUAAGAAUUUUAAUGAAGGUUGUAUUAAAAGAUAUAAAGCGGUCA